AUGGAGGCCUCCAUCAUUGUGUGGAACGUCAGAGGUCUCGGCGAGGGCAGCAAGCGGGGUAGAAUUAAGCGCAUCAUCAACAUGCGUAAACCUAAAGUAGUCGGAUUGAUCGAAACAAAGUGGGACCAAUGCGAUAUCGCCAAGAAUGCCAACAACAGUUCGGGGGGAAUCGCCAUAUAUUGGGAUCAGAACCACUUCAGGGCCACUAACAGCUCAACGGGCACGUACUUCCUCGCAGUGGAUUUAGUCGACAUUAAGUCCAACAAGGAUUGGACUCUGGUGGUGGUUUAUGGUCCUCAGAACAGGAUCGACAAGCUUGCCUUCCUUGACAAAUUGAACAAUCCAUGCCAGCAGACCACCUCCCCAGCUUGCAUUAUGGGGGACUUCAAUAUGGUUCAUUCCCAUGAUGAUUACAAGGGUGCUCAGCGAGAUGUGUGCAUUAUGGCGGCUUUCAAUAAUUUUGUGGAUAGUAACGGCCUUUUGGAGAUGCCUCUGGGUGGCAGCCGUUUCACGUGGAGCAGGGGAGGAUCCAGUGAGUGCUUUUCGCGUAUAGACUGCGCCUUCAUCUCUGCUGACUUCGAAUCCAUCUACCCGGAUUGCUAUCUAAUCGCCCUUGAGAGAAUUGAAUCCGAUCACAACCCUCUCAUGCUCAACUGGGGUUGCCACUCUCGCAUCAAACGACCUUGGAGGUUCGAGAACAUGUGGCUCGAAGAUGACAGGUUCUUCGAGGGGAUGAACUAG